AAGACACAGCUCCUCGGAUUCGCACGGCCUACCUAUCUGUCAUUACACAGACAAUACAGAGAAAAACGUAAGAGAGGAGGAGCACUCACCAUAUGUUUGUUUUCGAUCCAAGAGAUGUUGCGAGUCGUGCCGAAAAUCUGUUAAAAAGGGAUACGCGUAAAAGCGCAGAGGACUUUACAAACGGCGGAUGGUUUGGCACUGCUGUGGGAAGACUGCAAUAGUAAAUACUCUAAGCUAUAGCCAAGUAUAGUAUAGCGUGUGCGCAACACACGAAAAUAGCCUACAGUGAGUAUGUAGGGCAGGUAAACCGCAGCGCUCCGGUAAAGAAUAAGGACAUGCAGUGAAGUUGCAGCUCGUUUCCUGCGGCUUAGAGGAGGUUUGUGCUGUACAUUAUCAGCUGUACAAAUCUCUGUGCGUAUGCCAGUGACCUAUAUCCCAUGCGUGAUCGCCAAGAGCACACAUUAACCUCAACAGUGGACCAGACAACAUGGGGAUCAACGGGCUAGAUAACCAAGGCCAACCGGCUCCAGCUCCGGCUCUUCAGGUGGCGGACAAAGAUGCUGCCCGGGAUUGUGACAAGACCGAGCAAGCAGCGGGUGGUGAGAUUAAAGUCACCCACGAGGACAGCUCCGUGCAGCUCAUAGAGGCCAGCUGCAAACCUCCCAUCUCCUCCCCGUCCUCCGACUCCGAGUCCGGACUCCAGGUGGAGAGCCACGGACCCGGAACAGGCUUUGUCCCGCCUGAAGGAGGCUACGGCUGGCUGGUCGUCUUUGCAGCAACGUGGUGCAAUGGAUCCAUAUUUGGGAUUCAAAAUUCUUUCGGCAUCCUUCACUUGAUGUUGGUGAAGGAACACGCAGAUCCAGAGGACAAGACGUCCCAGUUCAAAGUGGCUUGGGUUGGAGCCUUGGCCAUGGGAAUGAUCUUCCUGUGUUCACCAGUGGUCAGCAUGUUCACGGACUCAUUUGGCUGCAGGAAGACAGCUGUCAGUGGUGCAUUGCUGGCUUUUAUAGGGCUGCUAAGUACAUCAUUUGCAAACUCACUGAUUCUUCGCUAUUUCACCUAUGGCAUACUAUUUGGAUGUGGUUCCUCCUUUGCUUUCCAGCCAUCCCUGGUCAUCCUGGGUCACUACUUCCGCCAGAGAUUAGGGCUGGUCAAUGGAGUGGUAACUGCUGGUGCCAGCCUUUUCUCAAUGGGCCUCCCAGUUUUACUGGACAAUGUGGGUGAAUCUCUGGGACUGGACAAGACAUUUCAGAUACUGAGCAUUUUUAUGCUUGUGCAAGCUUUACUUGCAUUGACCUUCAAACCUUUGCUGCCUGCUGGGGGGAGCAUGGGCCCCCCUGGUAUGUGUCCAGAGCAGAUGCAGCCAGGGAACAGUGCUCAGGAUGCAAGCAGGUGGAGCAAAACUCUAACCCGAAUCAGAAAGUACUUCAACCUGCGGGUAUUUCACAUCGUCACAUACAGAGUGUGGGCAUUUGGCGUGGCCACUGCUGUUCUGGGCUACUUUGUACCAUAUGUCCAUCUGAUGAAGUUUGUGAAGGAGCAGUUUAAAGGCACUGAUAAGGAAUGGGUUCUUCUGGUUUGCAUCGGAGCUUCUUCAGGAGUGGGUCGCCUGCUGUUUGGAAAGAUCGGAGACCUUAUUUCAGGUCUAAAGAAAAUAUACAUGCAGGUGGUGUCCUUCAUAGUCCUGGGCCUGAUGUCUAUGCUAAUUCCACAGUGCUUUGUGUUUGAAGCACUCAUUGUGGUGUGUGUGUUCUUGGGACUGUGCGAUGGAUGUUUUCUCACUAUGAUGGCUCCGAUUGCCUUUGAGUUGGUUGGGCCCAUGCAGGCUUCACAGGCAAUAGGCUAUGUUCUCGGACUUAUGGCUCUUCCCAUGACUGCAGGCCCACCUAUAGCUGGCCUGUUACGAGAUUAUUUUGGAAACUACACGGUGGCUUUCUCUCUGGCUGGAGUCCCUCCCAUGGUGGGUGGUGUGGUGCUCUUCUUCGUGCCUUUGGUCCAGAGCCGAAUACAGAGAAACCAUUCGACUGCAUGUCCCGAGGAGACGUCCACCACCGCUCACAUGCUGCCCCCUGCUCCUUCAGCUGAGGCUAAGAGCUGCUCCAAUGGAGACAUGCUCCCUGGAUACACGGAUGUAGAGACACACAUCUGAGUGACACCACACUAAGGUCACACAUAAUGCCUAUUUUAUGGAACAUAACUGUUGUAACUCUAGACUAAAGCUUAUCAGUGCUUUCGUAUUUACAGGGAUUCAGUCACCAGCAUUUUCCAUAAUCUUUACAAGAGACAUACUAUACUACUACACACUGACCAAUAACAUCUCACCCUAAUAUAUUUUUAUUGGUUGUUUGUUCUCUUUGCCUUCAGAAAAGUACAGAAAGUAUGUGCUCUGGAAACAAGGGAGGAAGGUUUGACACAUCAGAAAUGAUAUGGAAAUUUUUGAACGAGAUAAGCACAAGAGUGAAACAAUGUGUUUUCAGUGGGAACUUUAGUAACUAAUACCUCCAAGAGGAUUUAAAUGAAGAGAUUUUAUCUAAUUGUAAUCACCUUGAAUUUCUUUUUAGCUUUUUUCAAACAUUUAAAGUUAUGAUUUUAUAUACUCAUUUUGAAGCAUUUAAAAUAUGUAGUAGUGAAGGGAUGCAUUUGUAAAUUUUAUGCAGUACCAGCUCAUCCAUUUACUACAGAAGGAGUACAUCUGACAUAUAUGAAUUACAGCUCCAGCCAUAUUUUUUAUUAACAUCACAUGGGCAAUCUUCUGAAAUCAGUCAUUUUGAUCAUGUUCACAGUUACUUUUUAGACUUUGACUAUUUUAACGUGUUAAGGGCAUCCUUUUCUCAUUUUUAACCAUUCCAUUUUUUUAAGUCUGUUAGAGAAACCCACACAUAGCCUACACUUGUAGCUUUUCAAAAUGUAUUAAAUACAAACAUUUUGUGAAAACUAUGUUGAGAAUUUAAUAUUUGAGCAGUACUAUUACAGCUACUGCAUAUAUUUUUUAAUAAAUACACUAGCGCCUUUGUUCUAGAUGGCAGUUUCAAAUAACAAUGCAUCAGGAUAUAAUUAAAAGAAGCCUUCUAAAAUGUUUUUUGCUCAGGCCUGUCACCAAUCAUUCAGGCGGUUGAUUUGCUGCUUCAAUGGAAGGUUCUCACUCACUGUGACACAUCCUUACCUCCCCUCAGAGGACUGUCUGCAGUUAUGUGAAACACUAAUCAUAAACACUUACCUCUGUUUGUAAGUUACAUCAUUGAAAUAUUGGACUUUUGCCACAGAGAGCUACAUUGGGUCAAACAAAAAAACAGGGGUAAAGAGAAGAAAUUUUGUGUGUAGUUUAGAUUGAAGUCAUUCACAUCUGAGAAACAAUUCAUGAUGAUAAUGUAGGAUCUUUAAGGUGCAGUUUGGGGCAGAGCAUGAAGAAUGAGUCAUAUUAUUCAGCCACUAUUCAGGUGCUACUGCAUUCUGGUAAUUGUCCUCUUGGCAUUCUGUGCCAACAGUGACAACUGACAAAACUACACAAACCUCAAACUUAGUUUAUAGGAGACUGACACUAAACAGGGCAAUGAUAAACAAUCAUACCUCAAUAAUCAAAUGGUCCUCAGCAAACCAGUUGAACUCAACCUCGUGCUCUCCACACUUUUUUGUGGUGUGUUUAUACAAUGUGUAUCAGGUCUUAGUUGUAUUUUAAAUACAACUAUAACUAUAAUGAUUAGAAAUAUGUUCCCCAAAUGCAGAGUACCUGAAACUGUGAAAAUUACAUAAUGUCACCAAUGCCGUUUAAAAAAAAAUGUUUUUCAUGUUGGUGUUAAAUCAAGAUCUUUAUAAAUCCUUUCCUUUCUUUGACUGAGCCCGAGGUUGUGCAGUAAACUGAGGGAAUUUUACCUGAAAGCCUACACUACUAGAAUCUGAGUAAUCUCAAUGAACAUAUAGCCUACUUUGAUAGCCAUAUUGGCUCUAAAAGCUGUGUGGUCCUAUGCACAACUGUAAAUGUCUUACUAUUACUUUGUUUUGUUUGCUAAAAAUCAUUUUCAACUUCUAGCUGAGAAAUCAAGCAUACAGACUACAAUAACCUCAGUUCAAAACAACGUUGCAUAUUCAAAAGUUUUUUUAUAUUUGCUUGAGCUCAAAUGUUUUGCGGAAGCAAUCAUUACAAUUACAAUAACACUGAAUGACCUAAGACAACUAACCCACAUUCAUGUACUCUGUAUAUGCCUUCACUAAUAUACUUGCUAUUUUAUGUUGAUUCUAUCAUGAGAUUUUUUGGGGGUAAGAUAAAUCUGUCAAAGGAGUGAAAAAGACAGAUCAGUAGUGAAUGAUAUUCUCCCUGCAUGGAGCUGUCUUGCCAGUGCAGCAGAGCUUUGCUCUGGAUUUACUUGAUGUGACUGACCCCUGAUUCAAAAAGGAUAGAUUUGGGAGCAAACCGUUGUAUGCCUUUGUGUUAAAUGUUUGUCAUUUAAUGAUUUUCCCAGCUGUUUUUAUAUAGAGGUCAGAGAUCCACAGGGGUACAUUCUAUUUAAAAUUAACAUCUGUGGACUCACUGUGCCAUGUGUAAUCUGAUCUUAACUUAAUGAUGAUCCGUGCCAAUUCUCUGCACCUCUGAUUUAACACUUUAAAAUCUGAUAUUAACUUUAAACAAUGUGACAUAGUGUGACCACUCAAAGGUCUGAAUGAAGCUGAGCCACGACACCUAAACUGCCAUUACUUUAAAUAUUGGUCAUAUCUGGUAAAUGUUCAAACAAGGAAAUGUUACAGCUGUGGUGUGUUUUUGUUGUUACAGUUUUUGUUUUCUUUUCAACUGUAUUAAAACUGACUGUGUCUGUCCACAUACCCCUAGCCUUACGUUGCAGUAACAGGAGACGAGUGGAGGGCUUUGCAGUUUUUUCAUUGUUUCACUUUUGGUAAAAAUAAAGCCUCUGCUCACCUCCACUUAUCACUUAUCACUAUACCUCUGUAUCCUACUUGUGAAAUCUUUUAUAGAGGCCAGUGACGUUACAAAUUAAAUAGGCCAAGCUGCUUGAAAAUGUAUUAUUUGUGUUAAUAUCUUUUCAAUCUAUCUAUAUCGAAACAGAGGCAAAUUUUCUAUUAAACCAACAAUAAAGAUGUAAUUUCAAAA